AUGUAUCUGUUGGCUCUGAGGCCACUUGGGUCACUAUCCAGGGGAGUGACCGAUUCGAAAUCCAUCGACAACGGCGCGAGCUCUGGCGCCUCGGCUCCCGGGCCUCACAGAGCAACUGGCGCAUCGCCGAGCAAGCUGCAGGGCCUACACGUCGACCGGAAGCAUGCCUCCAAAGCGCAGUGCGCGCAGUGCGAAAGCACCUCCGAAACCGCGGGCCGUAGGGCCGAAGACCAGGGCGGCCAAGCCAAGGAUGAGUCGUCCGCGCUGAUGGAGGCCACGAAGGCGGCCGAGGAGGUGGUGCGCUCUCGUAGCAGCACGCCGGAGAGUGGCCGUCAGGGCGGGGCUCGGAGCAAGUCUCCUUACGCCGCGCAAGGCAAGGAGAAGAGUCCUCGGGGCCAUAAAAGCCCGGCUCGCGACUGGGAAGCCGCCGUCUUUGAGUGCACGAUGGUCCAGUACUCCGGUGAGAGUUCACCCGACGACGAGAACGUCUCGGAGGGCAGCACGCACGCUGCCGAAGGCACGGAGCUGGCGGCAGGCGACAUGCCCAACGCCUCGGCCGACGCAAAGGCCUCGUCAGAGAAGGAGGCGGAGGACGCCGAGUCCGGCUCAGGCGACAGCAAGCAGUCGCACGACGAAGUCGCCAUGGCCGACGCUGGGGUCGUGGCCGAGAAGUCGCCGAGCGACGCGGGCUCCAAGCCCAAGGAGGUGCUGCUGGCAUCCAAGCAUCUGACGCUGGCACAAGGUCGUGAGCGUGCCCAAGCGUCGAAAGCGGCUGCCGCUGCGAAGGCCGCCGAGGCCAAGGCGAAGAAGCGUUCGGCUUCCAGGUCGCCUCGCGGCUCCAGCUCCAAGCUGUUCAUUGACUCGGAGUCUGAGGACGAGGAGGGUGCCCCGACUGCCACGACUGCCAUCGAGUCUUCUUCAGGCGGGGAUGCCACGUACCCGCAGGGCUACUUCCCGCCCGAGCCUGGCACUGGUGUGCCAGCGCUGUUAGAGAAGCUCUCGGCUCCUCGUGGCCUUAUCGGCGGGUACACCUCGAGGGGUUCCUAUGAGCGUGCUCUUGUUGAGAAAGAGCCCCUCUUUCUUGGCGACGUUGAAGUCGGCCGGUGUGUGCUACUAGCACCACACAAGCUCACACUGAAGGAGUUCACCACGCUUCGCAAGAAGCCGGAGGACAAGGGUGGACUCCAUCCUGUGUGGGGUUUCCACUGGGUCAAGCCGAAUGACAACAUGACCUGGAGCGAGGUGGAAGACCUCUUCUGGCGCUACGUCCAGCGCAAAGGGUAUUCCGACCAAGAGUUCAAAGAACUCCGUGAGGAUCGCACUCUGUCCGCAAUCCUGGACGUGCGCGAGCUCCGCAUCGAGUUCGCUCAACUCGUGAGCAAGCGCAAGCUCCACUCGAAGAUGGACGAGCUGAAGCAAGAGGCGAGAACCAAAGCUCGUGAAGAGCGUGGGCGUGGUGCGACUACGUCUGCUACCGGUGGAUCUGCCUAUUACGAUCAAGAAGGGCCGGCGGUGGCCUCGCACGGCCAUGGCUACGAGCCUGAGGCGACGCAGCCGUAUGCUGGGGCCCCGAGUCAGGUGGUGGCCCUGCAGCAAGAGGAGAUUCGUCUUCUCCGGGACCGUGUGUACGUCCUCGAGAUCGCGCUUGGCGUCGGCCUUGGUGGCGAGGCUGCCGCUCGUGCUGGUCAGCCUGGUGCCGUGGAGCGGCUCCGUGAGGAUGUUGCCUCGCUCUAUCAAGAAACUCGCAGUCUCCAUGGCCGUGUGGAUCGUCGAGCCGACCUGUCGUCUUACGACUCGCUGCGAAACCAGCUCGCUGGCCUUCGGGCCGAGCUUCAUGGCCACGCGCCGUAUCCGGAGCAGCAGCAGCCCCACUCGUAUCAGGCCCAGUUUGGCCAGGGCUCGUACGGGGCCCCUGCGUAUGCUGCUCCGAUGUACGCCGCGCCGUCUUACGACCAGCGCGCGUAUCAGGCGCCUUACCGCGACUCGACGCCGCGCUUCGAGGAGGUGCGCUCUUCUCCACCGGGCCACCCACCGCUUCCUGCGGGGCAGCCAGAGCCAGAGGGUCAUGGUACCUCUUAA